AUGGCGACGUUCACCCGAGUUCCCUUGUGGACAACACCAUGGGCCAUUGUUAGACAUAAAAUGAAAACUGUGAAUACAAGAACCAAAAGACCGAUGUCUAUAGUGAAAGCCAAGAUGUUAGCAGCUACACAGUAUCGACCGAUGAAAGACAACAUCUCAUUAGCCGAGAGAUGUGCGAUAAGUAUAAAAACAAAAGAAGUAGUCGAGGAAAAGGUGAACCCGUGGAAAGAGUUACUAAAGAGGGAAGCCAAGGCAACAUUGAAAAGUAACCAAUUAGUAGCAGUUCUACACAACUCGGGUGUCAAGGCAUUCGAAUACACUGUACUCUGGAGAAAACUUCGUAAACAAGGAAUUGAACUUGUGCGUUUCCCUAAUCUUGUCAUGUGUGAAACAGUAGAGAACAGUGAAUUCCAGAAUAUGCAACCAUUGUUUGUGGGACGCAAUUUAUAUGCCGUAUGUAAAGAACCUAAGGUCAAAGAAUUACUAAAAACAGUGAAAAACACACCAAAAAUAAUCCUCCUAGGGGGGAAAGUUGAAAAUAAGCUGAUGUCUGUGAAUCACAUGGUAGACUACUCAAAGCUGUCAUCACUAGCAGUAUUACAAGGACAAUUAGUUAGUAUAUUAUCAACACCAGCAAUGAAAGUCAGCUCAUUACUGCAGGCCAACCAGCAGCAAUUGACAGCCAAUUUGCAGCAGUAUGCAAAACAGCAAAGCCAAGAGGACAAAAGUAAUGAAUGACCUAUGACCCCUAUUAUGUGAGAAAUGAAAUCUAUCAUACAUGGAAAUUACGAGAUUGGUGUCGUGCAGUUUUUGUAAUAAACAUAGUGAAACUAUAUAUGCCUUUCCCAUGAGGUCAGUAUUUAUUACAUGUGUUCUGUUACCAAAAA